UUUUAAUUGGAAAAAUCAAAAUGAAAGAAAAAAAAAAAAGAGAAAAAAGAAGAAAAAAGGAAAAAAAAAGAAAAAAAGAAGCAAAGCUGGCUGGAGUCAUCGAGUACUUGCCCUGGUUCCCUUCACUGGACUUCUCCACGAUUCGUCUUCGUCAUAUCUCUCUCUUUCUUUCUUCUGCUUCGAGUAAAUUGUGAUCGCUUUUUCAGAUACAUUACAACUCAAACUCUAGCAAGUCCAUUAGCAAAGGAAAGCACCUAAAAGUAGUGGGCCAGGUCAAUCUCAACCUUAAUACUUAAUUAGAGUCUCUAACAUGUUCUAGUUUCUUCAAUGCCUGAAGACUGACCAUCCAAUUGCUCUUCAGAAAGGUAACAUGGAUGCCAACAAUUGGAGAACUCAACUCCUCCCAGAUGCUCGAGAAAGGAUUGUUAAUAGGAUAAUGAGUACAUUAGUAAAGAAUUUUCCAUCAUCUAAGCAACAGGCGUUAUCUGAGGUUAAGAAUAUUGCUGUGCGGUUUGAGGAAAAGAUUUAUAACACUGCUACAAGCCAGAAGGAUUAUCUUCGAAGGAUAUCUGUGAAGAUGCUGUCAAUACAUACAGCGCCUCAGAAUACUGCAGCUAAUGUUUCGCCUUCAAACUCAGUUGAUACUGAUGCAAUUUCUACAGAUCCAGCUUCUCACAGUGUUCAUUCUGAAGUCCUUGAGCAAGAGCAGUCACCUUUGGCUCCAUUGGCUAAUCAGUCUCUAGCACACCAAGAACCGUUGUCCCAGAACCUUCACAGUAAUAUUGCAUCUUAUAGAGCACAGAGUUCUAUCAGUUUAUCAUCUGUAGUGCCUCAUAUGACCAGUUUAACUAAGAUUCCCAAGCCAAAUGUUGUUGGCCAGGAUGUCAAAUUACAAAGCAUGUCUGGCAUUUUACCAAGCUUGGUAAUGAAGUCAGUGGGACAAGGGGUAUCUUCCAAUAAUGCUGCAAAUUCUUGGAGGCAGGUGCAGGAACAAGAAGAUUUUUCGCAGCCUGUGACCUGGCGGCAAUUUCAGAAUCCACAACAAUUUUGUUGUGAGCGGCAAUUACAACAUCAGAUUCCGAAUCAGAAAUUCAAGCAGGAAAGUAUCACAGAGUCAGCCAUUCAAACUCCUCAUGCCCAACAACAACAGCAGCAGCAGCAGCAGACCUUAUUACAGCCUAAUCAGCUAUUAUCUUCUCAGCAAUCUGUUAUACAGACUUCUCCCAUCAUCGAUAUUUCUGUAACACAAUCAGCCCCAUGUUCUGGUCUUCCACAGAGUCAGCAGUCUUCUGUUCAACAGCAAACAAAAUCUGCGCUUCAGCAACAUCCACAAUCAGUUGUCAGGCAACAGCAACAACCACUGCAGGCUCCUGUUAUUCAUCAUCAAAGAACAGUAAUGGAACAACCAGAUGGGUUGGUUGACCAGCAGGCUAAACAUUCGUUCUUGCAGAAGCUGCAGCUGAUAUCAGGCCAGCAAAACAACCAGUCAAAGCAACAGCAGCGGCAGUUAGUUCGACUAGGUGUUGUCAAUAUUAUUUUUGCUUGUUUGGCCAAGGCUAUGAGUAGGGAUGAGGAGGACAAGAUGGAUUGGAUGGAUGCAAAAAAAGAUCCCACAUCAGAGAAAAGGCAUGCAAAUUUAGGUGACUGGCAAGAGGAAGUCUAUCAAAAGAUUAAGAGUAUGAAUGAUAUGUACUUACCAGAACUGAUUCAAAUCUAUAAGAAGUUUGCUGCUAGAUACCAGCAGCUUGUCUCUCUUCCUCAACAACCAAUGGGAGAUCAAUCUCGGAAGUUAAAAGACGUAAUGUCAACAUUGGAGUUUCUUAUAAAAUUUUUACAGGUCCCCAAAAGUAGGAUUUCACUUGCUUAUAAGGAGAAAUUGGAGAAGGUGGAGAAUCGUAUAAUUGGUAUUCUAUAUUCAAAUGGAUCCAGAAAGCCUGAUUCUUCUGUCCAGCAAGAGGAACUUCCCAUGCCUGAUAUGCACUCCUUGCAGUCAGUGCGGUCACAAUCUCAAACUCCUCAAGUGGAGUCUGAUUUGCAGCCUAUGAAGUUACAGAGUACUGUAUCAUCCAUGCAGAAAAACAAUGUGGACAACUUGCACAAUGAUCUUAUAUCCUCUUUAUCUGAGGUUGCAACAGCACAGAAAAACAUAAUGAAUCCACAACUGUCUGGCACCAAAUCAAAGUCACAACAAUUACAUGCAGUGAAACCAUUGCAGCAGGAUUCUGUGGGAUCUCCACACAUUCCUGUAAGCGCUCCCCAACAAUCAAUGAAUGACACAUCUUUAUCCCAAAACAGUGUGAAUAUUCCACAGCACAAUACUGAUCCCCUUAGGUUGAAUUCUAGUAGACUACAACAGAUACAUCUUAAACAACAAAAAGAACAGCAAAUGGCAGAUGCAAAACAGAUGAUGAAACAAUUUCAACAGCAUGAGACGCAGCAGCAGUUGAAAAAGAAAGAAGAUAUCAUGCAGCAGCAGCAACCUGCACAAUUGGGUGUCCAUAAAAUGCCACAGAAUACAAUGAAUAAAGAAGAUGAGUUAAAGGUCAAGCAAGCUUUGGAUUUUGCACCAGGCGUCCUACAACAUUGCUCAGCAAGUCAGCAUUUGGCUUAUAAUCAGCAUCAGUUGAAGUCUAGAGGUUCCUUUGUUUCUUUGCCCCAACUCCUUCAGCCUGUUUCUGAUCAGAUUCCUCAAAGUUCUCCACAGAUUGAUCAGAAAAAUAUAUUAGUUUCUUCUAAAAAAACUGAAACCUCUUUGAAAGUUGUAGACUCACUGUCCAAUGUGCCUUCUCCUUCAACUCCCUUUUCUCAGUAUCCUAUGCUUGGAGACAUUGGAGGUCAACAAGCAACUAGUCUAAUGGGAUCAGCAACAUCCCUUGUUAUCAGCACUCCUGGGAUAUCAUCUUCAUCCUUGCUUGAAGAGCCUCUUCAGCGCUUAAUUGAAUUGGUGAAAUCAAUGUCAGAUGAAGCAUUGAGUGCUUCUAUUAAUGACAUUGAGUCAGUUGUUAAUCUGACUGAUGGGACAGCAGGAUCGUUGUCAGGAAAUGGGGCUGGAGCUGCAAUUGGUGAGGAUAUGUCAGCAACAACCAAAGUUUGUUUGGAAGCAAGAGACUUUGGCAACCAAGAUGGAACUAUUGGAAAAAUGAAAGUGAAUCGCUGUAUAACUACAGCACCCUUGAGGAUUUUAUCUGGUGGCAUAAGUGAUAGAAUUAAGCGAUUUACUGAUUCAGAGACAUCUGAUAUGGAGUUGAGUGUGACAUUUCGCAUGAAGAAACCUAAGCUUGAGGCCAAUCAUGUUCUCUUGGAAGAAAUAAGGGAGAUCAAUCAGCGACUGGUAGACACUGUGGUAGAUCUCAGUGACGAAGAUAUCACAGGAAAUGCAGCUAUUGCUGCAACUGAAGGUGGUGAAGGGACCAUUGUCAAGUGUUCCUUCAGUACUGUGGUUGCCUAUUCAAACUCAAAGUCACACCAAGCUUCAGCAAAAGUGAUGCCAAUUCUGCCCUUACAUUUGCUUGUUCCCACAAAUUAUCCCAGUUGUUCCCCUAUGCUACUGGAUAGGUUGCCUGUGGAUGUAAGUGGGCAGUAUGAAGAUCUGUCAGAAAAGGCAAAGUUGAAGCUGAGCACCUCCCUCGAGAACAUUCUGGAACCAAUAUCGCUUGAGCAGAUAGCAAGGACUUGGGAUGAUUGUGCACGUGCAGUCAUUUGUGAGUAUGCACAGCAGAGUGGUGGAGGGAGCUUCAGCACGACCUAUGGAACAUGGGAGAACUGUCUAAGUGCUGCUUGAUUAUUGUGUGUAAGUGCGUUGCCAACUCAUUGCUUCCAGAUUCCCAAGUCAUAUGAUAUGCUCCAUAUAGCCAUAGAAGAAUCUUUAUGAGAUUUAGAAACUGUUUUGGGUUACCUUUUCACCUUUAUUUUUGUUCUUACUUUUCCAAAAUGGAACAAGGGGUGUGACAUAAUUUGCAAAGAUGAAUUUGAGUUGAUAUCCAUGAAAGGAACAAGCCUCAUGUGUGUAUACCCAACUGUUUCAACUUGGAUUUCCUUGGAUAUUCUCUUUGGUUUUGUUGUACAUCCAAGGAUGAUCUUAGAAAUAUAUUGGUAGAAACUUGAAAAUGUAUAAUGAAGCUCCUCUCUCUCUCUCUCUCUACAUAAAAGACAAUCUUAGAACAUAUUGGCAAAA